AUGCGACUGCUUGAUCUUUGGACAGGCCUAUUUGUCUCGGUCGACCAUCCUCAAGAUGUGUCCUUUGCUAUCCUCUCACACGUCUGGGACGGCAGCAACGAGCUUUCUUACGAGCAGCUCUCUCGGAUCCAAACUGAAACCCUCGCCUUUUCAAAAGGGGAUACGUCUCAGGAUCAGAUCAUCGACAAGCUCCCCCCGAAAGUGAAAAACUUCUGCCUCUAUGCCCGCAAGCAAGGCUACAAGUAUGGAUGGGCUGACAUGUGCUGCAUUGACAAGAGCAGCAGUGCCGAGCUUUCGGAGGCCAUCAACUCCAUGUACGAAUGGUAUCGGCAGGCCACCGUCUGUUACGCCUAUCUCGCAGACGUUGAUGACCACGGCUGUACCGAUCCCUUAUCCGUCGCUCGGGAUCAGCUCGCCUCGAGUCGGUGGUUUACGCGAGGAUGGACGCUUCAAGAACUCAUAGCCCCGCGGGUUGUAGUUUUCCUUUCCAGGGGAUGGCGCCUCCUUGGAACCAAGGACAGUCUUUCUCGCACAAUCACACAAGUUACGGGGAUCAGCCACGACAUACUCUCCCAUUCAGCACCCAUCUCCAGCGCCACCGUUGCCUGCCGUAUGUCCUGGGCUGCCUCUCGCCGGACCACCAGAGUUGAAGACGAAGCGUACUCACUCCUUGGCAUCUUUGGAGUGCAUAUGCCUACUAUUUACGGAGAAGGCCGUCAUGCGUUCCUUAGGCUGCAGGAAGAGAUUAUGAAGCAAGUCCCAGACCAAUCCAUCUUUGCGUGGGGGCCACAGAUGCGGUGGGAGGACGGGAUCGACAAGAUUGCCCCCCUUGUUCCCUCCCAUUCCUCGUCGUCUACACACUCACCGGCACUUUUGGAAGGCAGUCUGCUUGCGAUGUCCCCACGCGACUUCAAGGACGCGUCUGGAACUCAUCCCCUUGCGGCUACAACACAUCCCGACUUCCGAAACCUUCUCGGCAGAGACAUCCCCCUUCCAUCGUACUCAGUAACGCCAUACGGCAUUCACGCGACACUCCCUAUCAUCCCACUUAGUGUGUCGACGGAUAUCAGUCGUCCGCAGGUCCUACUCGUUGUGCUCGCUACCGCGGAUACAGGCGCCCCGCCGAACAAGCUCUUCGCGUUGCUUUUAACGAAGCAAGCCAGCUCCCUGAGCGCGGUCUUCCUAGCCGGCGGUGUCUUCUCUGACCCAAAGUCCGGUGGCACGACGUCGCGAAAACGGAUCGUGCUCGUGUCACCGACAAUGAUGACCCGCCUGAGAGCAUCGAUUACGCUCAAAGAACUCCACGUCUUCCAUCGGCCCGCCAACAUCCAUGAUCUUUCUCCACAUACACGUCAGCUCUCACUUCCUUGCGUCACGACCAACCGUACCGACCCCAGUGUAGCUGUUGCACCCUGGUGCCUUCAGCUACUUACCGCCCAAGGAUUCUCCGUCUCCACACCGCAUGGCUCGAAUGGAGUUGAGGGCGAUAACAUCCUUGCGUAUAAUACCUUCGUCCUCAUCCGUUCCGAUAUCUCCGUCCAGGUCGCCAUCGGCCAUUGCGUUAGCGCGGAGCCCCACUGCCACCCUACGAUUGCGACCGCACAGACGAACGAGCGUUCCACGCGGAUCUCUGUGACCUACUGUUCCGUAUCGCAGUCGGAAGAGUCGACCGGCAGCAAGUCUGAAAUCAAAUUCUCCCCUCAUGUCCAUGAAUUCUCUCGCCGGUCCCUCACGACGUCCUCCGAAUCCUUCAGCUUCCCCUCUCUCGUUCUAAUGCUUUCGCUUCGGAAGGGCGGUGAUCGUGACAGCAAUGGACUCGAUCAUAUCGUUGUGGAUAUUGAAGUGGUGGACGACCCAGCAGAAAUAGGCAGUGGUGGUAGCGCAUAG